UCCUAUGCAUGUACACUAUGUUUACAUACACUUCAAUGAAGAAUGAGGAAGUAAAUAACCUGACAAAAUGAGUGCGGGAUUUUUGUGUCCGUUGUUUGCAUAUGGAACCCUUUCAUUAAUGUGUCUCAUUCUACCUCACUGCUUUGGUCAAGAUAUAAGGUUGACUCCACAGAGUCCUGCCACAGUCAGAGAGGGACAAGCUUUAGUACUGACAUGUCAAUCAGGCCAGACUAGUGGAGCAUAUCAGUUCUUUUCCAUCAGCAGUGAGGGAAAUAGAACUUCGUAUGGUAACGGAGGAGGAGGAUUCCAGUCAUGUAGCAAUGACACCAAUACUGCAUUCAUAGAUGCAUACAUAGAGUGUGAUUUUGGGACUCCAUGGAAAUUCAAACUAACAUUGCUAAAUCCUGUUCAUAACAGGAUUGUCUACUGUCUGAGAAAUGGCGGGGGUCAAGAUGUAAAGAACGGCAGUACAACCAUCUUUGUACAAGUGCCUGUCAGUAGUGUUACACUGUCACCAUCGUCCAGUGUAGAGGUCAUUGAAGGAACGUCCUUCACCUUCAGCUGUGUAUCAAAAGCUGCCAGACCAGCAGCAAACAUAACAUGGUACAAAGACGGCGUGUUCGUGAGUGAAAGCUCAUCAAGCACGUCAACGAAUAACCUGCUGUACGAUGUGACCAGUGAUCUUACGUCAUCCUAUCAAAGAAUGGAUAAUGGAAGCAGGAUAUAUUGUACUGCAGUCAACAUAAAUGGAGACACUUCAAUACUGUCAUCCCAAGCUCAUCUAAAUGUUUUAUGUAAGUAUGUGUGA